UGGCGGCGGUGGCAAAAGCAAAAUGGCGAUGUUCGGUCGAGAAAAAAAUGGAGAGGGGGAAGAAGGAGAGGUCACAGGGCCUUCCCCUGACCUGGACUGGUCUCACGUCCUGCUGGGGGUGGGCAUCACAACCGCCUCUCAUCCUAUGACUUACGUCAAAGUCCUGAUCCAGGUUGGUCAUGAGCCCAUCCCACCUCGUGCCACCACUAACCUGUUUGGCCGGCCCAUCCUGAUGCUACCAGGACUGCUGCAGUACAUGGGCCACAUCCGUAAGACAGAUGGAUUCCUGGGUCUGUAUCGAGGCCUGCUGCCCAGGAUCUGUACUGGGAUCAUUGGAACCAGUGUCAACUCUCGUAUCAUGGAGCACAUGAAAAGCUCCCAUCCUGUUGAUCCAAUCAAGGAUACGGAUGACUUGAGGACUGUUGCCGAGAAGUUUGUGAAAACGACCUCCCAGGAAACUGCAGCUAGAUGUCUGGCAGUGGUGGUCAGUCAGCCCUUCCAUGUUGUCACUAUAAGGUGCAUGGUCCAGUUCAUUGGAAGAGAAACAGCUUACAGUGGUCCAAUUUCUGCAGUGAGUGAAAUCUGGAACAAUGAAGGCAUUUCAGGGUUCUUUAGUGGUCUAGUUCCCCGACUGUUGGGAGAAGUUUUCACCCUGUGGCUGUGUAACAUCCUGGCUCAUCUCAUCAACACCUACCUGCUACCUAAUGAUGAAUCGAUGACAAAUGUAAGUGAGUUCAAGAGUUACUCCCAGGCCAUCACUGGAUUCCUGGCCAACAUGGUGACCUAUCCAUUCACACUGGUGGCCAACUGUAUGGCAGUCACAGGAUCAGGGCUUGCGGCAGGACAACAUCCCCACAUGCCGUUAUACACGGACUGGAACGACUGCUGGAAACACCUGGACAGAAUGGGUCAGUUGAAGCGAGGGUCCAGCCUGUUUUGGAGACAGUACCCCAAGAGACACUACGUCCUCAACAAAGGGGGGUUCUAAACACAGCAAGAGUCAUCUUCAAUUUCUUGAGCCUUUGAAAAAAAUGUUGUGUUUCCUGUCUCCGUCCAACCCUAGAAAAAGUACCGACCCUAGACUUUUUUUGGUGGUGGACCCCUGCAAGAUUUGACAGGACAUAAAUUUUAAAUUUUCGAUCUGAUCAACGUUUCUAGCUCCAUGCUCUGACACCUGAGUGAUAAAACGUUGCACAAUUGGUUUUCUAAAAUUGACAUUGAAAA